AUGGCACAGGAGGGAUUGAAAGAGGUAACGGAUUCUCCAUAUUUUCUUAAGAAGUGGCUUGCCUUUAUCGAUUACGCAGCCAAUGACCUUUUCGGAGGCCCGCGGCCCCUCAAGGCAGCCCAUGUCAUCAAUCUGCAGAAGGGCGGGACGCUCUUCUUUUGCUUGUGGUUGAUGAAGAAGUCUGGUAACUACUCCGCAACGGCGAUAACAUAUACCGCCCUUCAUGGUGGAUACGGUCUCUGCUGGUUACUGAAAGAGCUUGUUUUCCCAGAUCCAAAGUGGCAAAAACACAUCACGUUUGCAGGGGCUCUCACCAUAUUUGCCUCUGUUCUGGGACCCUACUGGUAUAUUGUAUACAAUGCAAUUAUAAGAAAGGCAGAGCGUUCUGAGGGUGCACUCUGCGCAGCAACUCUUGUAUACUUAAUUGGACUUGUAAUGAUGAUGUGCAGUGACUGUCAAAAAUACUUCGUGUUGAAGAAAAAGAAGGGUCUUAUAACUGAUGGUUUUUUCUCUCGUAUUCGGCAUCCUAAUUACCUUGGGGAGAUGAUGAUCUAUGGUACGUUUGGCUUCAUCUCGAAUCAUGUGGGGUCCUUUGGGGUUCUUGCGUGGGUUUGGGUAGGACUGUUUCUCCCUUUCAUGAUUCAAAAGGAGGCAAGCAUGAGUCGCUACAGUGAAUGGAGGGCGUACAAAAGCCGGACUGGUUUCUUGCUACCAAGUGUUCUUCCUCCGAAGCAGAAAACUACAACGGUAGAAUGA